AUGAACCAAGGUUCAAAAGGACCAAAGGUCAAAAUGGCAAAAGGUCAAAAAGGUCUACGGGUCAAAAUGUCGAAAGUAUUUAGCUAUAUUUAUCUCCAAAUUCACGUUAGAAAAGAGAAAAGAAACUUUGGUAUGAUGGGAAUCUCUCAUGGUAAAGACAGAAUGGAAGAACAUGAUGAUUUGCGAAAUGGUUAUUCUACUCUUUAUACUUUGAACUACUCCAAGUAUCAAAUAUUCUAUUCUAUGAUCUGGUUUUACAUCAUUAUUGACGAAUUCUGUAGUAUAGUUGACUUAUUAGUAGUAGGAUUGAUUAGUUGAUUAUUAGAAUAGAAGAAUAAAACUAAUGAUCAUCU